AUGACAUCCCUUUGGAAUGAGGCAUGGGGCACCCCUGGGGAGCCUGCCACACUCUGUCUCUUCCCCACAGAGGAGGACUGCCAAAAGUAUAUUCUGAAGCAACAGCAGGAGGAGUCUGAGAAGCCCUUACAGGUGGCUGCUGUGGACAGCAGCGUCCCACGGACGGCAGAGCUGGCGGGCAUCACCACACUCGAUGACCCCAUGGGGCAAAUGCCUGAGCGAUUUGAUGCCUUUAUCUGCUACUGCUCCAGCGACAUCCAGUUUGUACAGGAGAUGAUCCAGCAGCUGGAACAGACAAACUACCGGCUGAAGUUGUGUGUUUCAGACCGUGAUGUCCUGCCUGGCACCUGUGUCUGUUCUAUUGCCAGUGAGCUCAUUGAGAAGAGGUGCCGCCGGAUGGUGGUAGUUGUCUCAGAUGAUUACCUGGAAAGCAAGGAAUGUGACUUCCAGACUAAGUUUGCACUCAGCCUCUCUCCAGGUGCUCAUCAGAAGCGACUGAUCCCCGUCAAAUACAAAGCAAUGAAGAAAGAGUUCCCCAGCAUCCUGCGGUUCAUCACUGUCUGUGACUACACCAACCCCUGCACCAAGUCCUGGUUCUGGACUCGCCUCGCCAAAGCCCUGUCCCUGCCCUGAAGACUGACCUGGGACCCUGGGUGUACGUGUGUCUGUCUGCCUGUAUUUGUACUUCUGCCCCUGCCUCCCACUGCGGUUGUAGGGGGAUUCCUUGAGGUGCCAACUCCACAGACACAUCUGCAGCCACUGGACAUUUCUGGACAUCACAUCUCAUGUUCUGUGUGGAACCAAUGGCUGUGAGUGGAUGUGCCAGCUGGAACUGCGAGGAGGACCAGAGGAGCCAUCUCUGACCCAUCCACACAUCUUAGACCUCAGUUUCCCUAACUGAGAACUGAGCAGGGUGGGGAGAACAGGCAGUAGCCGUGUUUGAAUCACUGUGGGAAAUGGUAAAGCGUUGUUCUGGGUCUCCCGGGGGAGACAGAUCUUGGUGAGAGAGAGUUGGCUGCUGGGGCCCGGCACUGCCAGGGCAGCUGCUUCCACAAUGGUGCCUACUCAUUGCCCACCUCACAUCCCACUUCCUCCUGCCCCCAGGGUAGAUAGUGGCUUAGCACAGGGAGAUCCCACCUUUGAGUCUGAUUUCCCCAUGGAUUCACCUCUGCCUUCCUCUUGGAUUCCUCCCAGCCCUUUCCCGGUUUCAAUGUGACAAGUCCUCUAAGCGGUUGGGGCUGCUUUACAUGUCAACCCGUCAGGGUGCUUAUGGUCACACCCUCGGCUCUGCCUGACACGGGAUGGGAUCCACCGAGUUUGGGUUCUGAGGCUGGGUCCCCAUGGCGGGGUAAGCAAGAAACCUUCCUCCCUGGGCCACCCACAGAGAGCUUUCCCACCAACUUUCUGUACCUUGAUUGCCUUACAAAGUUGCUUGCUGGGACUAGUUUACAAACCAGGACCAUGUAAGAGCCUCCUGCCCCAGAGCUUGUGGGCACAUGGACACACGUACACACACGCACAUAUGCAUGCGCACAUGUGCACCUCCAUCCAUACAUUUCCCUGGGUAUAGCUAUAGCUCCCAGGUACGGCCGGGUGAGAUAGUCCCACCAUUGUGGGGGGUCUAACCGUGGACAAAAAUGGAACCCUCUUGUAUUCCUUUUCUCUUUUUUCCCACUUCAUUGAAACCAGCCUCUAGAAAGGACCUGAUAUGCCAGCAUUUACACCUUCAGUGAAGCUAUGCGCAGGGAAAAGAGCUGCUUGAUCUCACAGAGCAAGUCAGCAGCAGACAGCUGUUUUCCCCUCUCCCUCUCUGGGGGAUUUGUACAUUAGUUAACCUCAAGCUCUCCUUUGGGGAGAAAAUACCAUGUUCUCAGGUCUCUGUCCCAGAGCAGAUACCAGGACCCUAAAUCUAAUAGAAAAUGCAUGUCUCUGCUCCACAUCCAGCAGGGCUGGUGUGAGGUACCUUUCCUUGGGGCCUGGGGAGGGACUGAAGGCCCCUCUCUGCACAAUCUUAAUGGAGCACUUAGCUACCAUGCACCUAUCCCCGCUUUGAUACUAGGGAGUAUUUUUAAGACAAUUUCAAGAAAGUAUCUCACACCUAUUUUGUAUGCAUUGUGAGAAUUUCAAAGAGCUGAGAAAUGCCUGUGUCAUUUCUCCUGUAUCUUGGGUUUAUAAUAAAGAGUUUUCUACUUUGA